UUUCUUGUGGCACCAGCACGAAGCGAAAAUGACAUGAAGAACCGGUGUCAAAGCAUGGACCAAACUGCCCACAUCACCACAUGCAUACGCACACGACGCCACCAACACCUUCCCUCCCCGGCCCACAGAUGCCGGGACAUAAGAACGCCUCUCCUUCGCUUCUUCCUCCAAGGCGCCACCGAGCACAACCAGCGCCAUUAGAAGGCACAGCUCCCUUCCUUCUCGCGCACAUUCGCAUAUAGGAGCAGCCAGGACGAGGCUAGCAGCAGAGGAGGAGGAGGUGCCCCUGCUCUCUGGAAAGAUCAAUUUGAAUUAUUGCACUGCCCCGGGCCAGCAAGAGUGAACCAUCGAUAACCAUUCUGUUUUUCCAGUCUGCACCAUGUGAUCGUUCUUCAAGAAUCACAUGCGCUGCUGUGCUUGAUGCCAGAAUUUCCAAGUCGAAGACGUACUUGCCCGAGAUCGUACAAACUCGCUGGACCUAAUCUGGCAAAGCCAUUCGUCUAAACAGAUCCGUGUCCUAGUUUUACCUGGACGGCACUUUUGCAGUUUCGCUACGAACAUACAUACGCGUUUACGCCUCCAUCGCGUGCGCAACGCGUAAACAGCAAACGCCCGGUUUUUGCCGGCGCGUCAGGCGAAACUAGCCGUCCAUUUGGACUCGCCAUACUGGUUGCAGGCUUUCAUUCUGCUCAUGUUUCUGCUCUGCCCAACAUGUGAGAUGCUGGAGUGAGCUGAAAGCCUGCAACCGCCGCUCCAAGAAUAUAUGCCCAAGAACUUCGUCAGCUUGAUCAUGGUGCAACAGAACGAUCUGGUGGAGUUGGGGAAGCAUCCUCCGCCAGCGUUUGUGUACGUUGGCAGAUCGGCGAUGAUGGUUGCGCAAGCCGUUUGGCACUUGCCAGGAGCUGAGUCCAAAAAUUUCAGAAGUACUAGGUAGCUUAUUUGACAAGUGGCAAUACCCGUCUUACCAGUUCAACGUCAGCCUAUUUUAUUCCUAGAACACGGUUGCUCAUGCUGAUAACACCGAAUCAUGCAUUCCUAUGUAGCAGAGGAGAUCAUAUUUUGUCUCACGCCCAGUUUCAGUGCAUUGUGCAUGCACCGAAAAUCACCUGAAAGAAGAUUGAACCAGCAAACUACGUUCACUUCAGGUAGCAGAUACAGCAGGUGGCCAAGAUGACCGCCGGUUUCCAGCUCGGUGUGAUUGGAUCUCUCACGCUCUCCGUGGCAUCAUCGGUCGCCAUUGUCAUCUGCAACAAAGCCCUCAUCAGCACUCUUGGCUUUCCAUUUGCUACAACGUUAACAAGUUGGCAUCUCAUGGUGACCUUCUGCACCCUUUAUGUCGCGCAGCACAUGCGCUUUUUCGAGCCCAAGGCAAUUGAUGGACAGACGGUAGUCUUGUUCGGGUUGCUGAAUGGAACCUCAAUUGGCCUUCUCAACCUUAGUUUAGGAUUCAAUUCUAUCGGAUUCUACCAGAUGACAAAACUGGCCAUCAUACCUUUCACAGUAUUGUUGGAGACUAUAUUCCUGAAGAAAAGAUUCAGUGAGACUAUCAAGUUUUCUCUACUGGUCUUGCUACUUGGAGUUGGCAUUGCUUCCGUUACCGACCUCAAGCUAAAUCUUCUUGGGUCAACCCUUUCUGCCCUCGCCAUUGCCACGACUUGUGUUGGCCAAAUUCUCACAAACACAAUACAAAGAAAGUUGAAGGUCUCUUCAACGCAGCUUCUGUACCAAUCUGCACCUUACCAAGCAGCCAUUCUGUUUGCGACUGGCCCCAUCGUGGAUCAAUUCCUUACCGGCCGCAGCGUCUUCGCCCACAAAUACACUCUUCCAGUUCUGGGCUUCAUCAUCCUGUCCUGUCUGAUCGCGGUGUCCGUAAACUUCAGCACGUUCCUUGUGAUCGGAACGACGUCGCCGGUGACGUACCAGGUCCUGGGCCACCUCAAGACGUGCCUGGUCCUGUCGUUCGGCUACACCCUGCUGCACGACCCCUUCACCAUGAGGAACGUCAUGGGCAUCCUCGUCGCCAUCUUCGGGAUGGCGCUCUACUCCUACUUCUCGGUGCGGGAGGGCAAGAAGAAAUCGGCAGGCGACGCCCUCCCGGUGUCGCAGGUGCCGGACAAGGACACGGAGCCGCUCGUGGCAACCAAGGACACGAGCGACGCCAAGAAGGCGAACGGUGUAUCGCACGACUGCUAAAAAACGUUUCUCUUCUUUUUUAUCAAAGGGGUAGCCCAGCCCUAGUACCACUAUCUGCGCAUGUAGCCUACUGUUUGAGUUAUUCCUUUGAUUUCUUUGGUCCCUUUUUGUAGAUCCGGGGAUGUUUAGUAGAGGGUGUACAAUUUGAUGCAAUUGUUAAUCUGCUAGCUACAGUGUUGCAACUAGCAAUCUAGCAUCCAUGCUCCCGUAUCCCACCACACCGGAACACCAAUUGGAUCACACGGUUAAAACCAAAAAUACUAAUAGUCUAUAGUAUUGCACUCGUACAAUGAGUUGCCUUUGAUACCAUCAUGUAACAUCUCUCUUCAAAAUUUGUUUGUAACCUAGUCCACAUGUGAAAUGGACCUAUAUA